GUCCGAGCACCACCCCCCCCUUCUCUGCGCAUGCGCACAUAUGCCGUAGAAGAGGGAAGCCGCAACACCACCGUCGCCGCCGCCCCCACACUCCGGGCGCUCCUUCCUGACCGCACCGCUGCUGAUGUUUCUUGAGCUUCCUGGCUCCCCUAUACUUUCGCUUCAUCUUGUUGAUUUGAUUCCGUGCAUGUGUGUGUGUGUGCGUGUGACGCCUGUCGAGGCCCGAGCAGCAUUCUCCCCCGCCCCGCAGGCGGCAGAGCGUUCAUCUAUACAUUUCUGGCCGAGACCUCCGGACACGUGCAGCAGGACUGUGUGUUCGACGACGCCGCCUACAUAAUUACCUAAGGUUGCUGUUCUCCGCUCGUGUGGUUUGCGGGCCUCCCCUUCCUGCUGCCGAAACACACUCCCAUCGCGGGCCACCAUCACGACACGUCGGUCUGGCUUGACCAGGUGUUCGCUUGAUCCCCGGCAGGGACCUGGUGCCCUCCUCGACCACAGCUUGCACGCCUUCCACGCCUGCGUGUGUGCUGGCACUGCUGGUGCGCGUGCCAAGGGGCCAGCAAUUUGGAUUGGGAUUGAGAACCAGGCCUUCAGGCAGCUUGCACGGCACUCCUUGCUUGUCCCGCACAUCUGAAACGCCAGAGGACUUCGACCACACCAUCGUGUCGACUUUCGGACGCACUGCAGCUCCACCAGUCCGCCCGUCGGUCGUUCUUGCACCAGCAACCCAGACUCCCUCCCUCCCCCUCUCUCUUCUGCUCCCCAGGACCCCAAUCCCGCCUGCCCGCUGCGUGAUACUUUUCUGGAACCAUCAGUGCCUAGGCACACUGCACGCUGCACGCUGCACGCUGGCCUGCCCACUCAUCCCGUCGACGAGAUACCUCUCACUCGGAAUAUACCACUCGCUCAAUCACUCACUCACUCAACCACUCACUCAACCACUCGUCAUCCGCGCACCUGGUCACCACUCACCCGCACUCACCCACGCCGAACCGAGCCUUUGUCCUUCUCCACACGCUCCCGGCACCCACGAGAUCCUGCGACACCUCGCUCUCCUCCAAGACCGCGUGGUUGACCUUACCUGCCGAAACACCAAACCAUUGGGCCCAAGCACCAAUUCGCUGCAGGAACUUGUCGGGAAUUGGCUCCUGCUUCCUCUUCUUUCUCUUGCCCUUGCCGCUUCGUCUGAUUCUUCGCCCUUUGUAGAGGCUGUCGCUCACUCACCUCCACCUCUCUCACACGUCGUCGCCGGUCGUCGCCACCAUAUCACCGCGGCGCGGAUAGCCGUCAGUUGUGCUGCAACAUCAAAUUUAGAGUCGUGUCUCUUGUCGAUCAAGAUCUCUGACUGCCCAGCGCCGGACGGAAAGAGGAAGCUUCGUGUAACCAUACCGAGGACGCACAACGUCAGGCUACGGACACUCGUUCUCGUCGUAUUCGUCAUCCCACAGGGCCCUUGAUUUCAUCACUAGCGUGAUACGACGCCUAGUCUGCACCGAGCUGAACGGAUCAUCGCGCAUGUAAUCCUUUGGUCGGGGCCAAAAAAAAAAACAGGUCGGAAAAGGCCAGUAAAAACUGGGGAGCCGCAGGCCUGUCCCGGAGGCUAUUUCUCAGAGGGAGGAGUUGGUACUGGUGACUGCUCAUGAGUCGACCUCAAUAUGGAAACGAUAUGGAACGACCGUCAGCAGCGGAUAUUAUCAGGAGGGCGAGGGAGCGGGCAGAAGCAGGCCUACCUAGGGAGGACUACAACACAUUUCUCCAACGACAGGCGGCAAUGAAAAAUGAGACUGGGGAUGCUCCGUCAAUACCCCCAAGGAGUCGACCUCCUAUGGGCGCUCAAACUGGCAACAUGCCCAGGCAACAACGACCUCAAGCACCGCCAGGUUUCCAGAACAAGGAUGGACAGAUCACCCUUCCCAUAUCGAGGCCAGAACCUAUACCGCAGUGGCCUUUGGCUGGUCCCAUUGCAUCUCCUGUUAGCUCAUCAGAUUCGGAACCUUACAGACCACCGGCCGGCCGCCAGCCUCCGCAGCGGCCCCCUCGCCCGAGCGAAGUGCCGUCAAUACUUGACGGAUCAAAAAUACAAGACCCAACCCCGGUCUUCCAGUACCAGCCCCAAUACAGUCGAGACUCGGAGACCAUAAGUUCAUCGGUACCCGAGACACCCUCCACGCUAUCCCGACCUUCGACGCUGUCUUCAGUGGGCUCGAUCCCAGACUUCCCGCUCCCAAUCCAGGCUCCGCCGCCGCCGCCCCCACCACCCCUGGUUGGACCACCGAGACGUAGUGUGAACUUGGGGCCGCCUCCUUCGGCCAGGCGCGGCGCAUCCUCCUUCUACUCGCAUCUCUCGUAUGUCUCGCCAAUCCCGGAAGAAAGCGAUAGGUCAAGGUCCCAUGCGUCAUAUGCGUCCAGCGCGGCCAUGCCGGAAAGCUGGGGCACGCCAUCACCUGCACAAAGCCCUUUGUACGGAGACGUAUUCUACGAUGACACGAUUGUUGAGGAGUCCAGCCCCUCCGAGGCGCAUUCGAUGCACGAUUACGGGGACGAGAGCCGACUGGUCAGGAACGCGAGCAUCGGAAGGAGAGGGAAAGCCGCGCUUGUCACAACGGGCUCACGUGAGAUGAACGGGGAAGGCGGCGAAGAGAAACGACCAUCGCCGACACCUAUGCAACCCAGUCCGUUCAACGAGGGCACGGGGUACCUGGAAGCAUCCUCAAACUCUUCCACGACGGUUCCUUCUGCUAAGAGCGGGAAGCCUCCCGCUGUGGGAGCCGCGCUAACCGCCGAUGACAUAUUGAAUGCUUAUGAUGCGGCAUCUGCGGUGGACUCGAGAACAUCCAGGAGAAUGUCAGCAUUCUCGCAGCCUCCACUUCCCGAAUCGAUGCAACCCCGCGCGUACAGCAGGUUGUCGGCCAUAAGACGGCCGCCACGGCUCGAUAUCGACGCUGUUAGGGAUGCGGAGGCUCGGGGCAGUCUGACCAGUCUACCGGACCUUAUUCGAAGAGCCACUAGGUUGGCCGCAAGCCUAGACAGAGGAAAAAGACCGGCGAGUCGGUUGAAUGAUCUUGACGACUUCCCUGUAGAGUUCUAUGGCGCUGGAACCAAAUCGGCAAACGUUGACAAGGAGUCUGAUGAAUACUAUGACAACCACCAGUCCGGUUUCUCAGACAUGCUUGCGGCGUUUCCACCGCCAGCUCAAGCUCAGAGUCGCCAAGGAGGAAUUCGACAAAGCAUACGCGACUCGGUUUUGUCGUGGCCGCUUCCCCCUCUUAACCGCAACAAAGAUAACAGUAACGUCAACGUCACCAACAACUUGACUCCUCGGGGUGGCUCAGAUGACAUGUCAUCAAGCACCGACUCGACACGCGAGAAGAAGGGUCGUCGCUGCUGUGGACUCCCGCUGUGGGGAUUCAUAACCAUCGUCGUCAUCGUCAUCAUCCUCAUUGCUGCAGCCGUCAUAAUACCAAUAGAGUUCUUUGUCGUCCGCAGGCAGAACGUCAACACCCAAGCCGAAGCAGAACAGCAAUGCCAGAGGCAGGUCACCUGUCAGAACGGUGGCACCAACGUCGUCAUCAACGGCUUCUGUUCUUGCAUCUGCAUCAACAACUUCACAGGCUUUGACUGCUCGGUGGCGGACAAUAUUGGCUGCACGACCGCCACCAUAUCAGGCGAUACUAAUAUCAGUAAUGUCACUGUGGGAAACGCCCUCCCGCGUCUCAUUGCACAGGCACAAACUAAUUUUUCGGUUCCUCUGUCUGGCACCACGAUCCUGUCAAAGCUCAAUGCAGGAAACCUCAGUUGUUCGGCUGAGAAUGCCCUCGUGACCUUGAAUGGUCAGAGCACAGCCUUGGGCGCUUCCGCCGAAGCCGUGACGGACAUGACAGGUGGAAGCUUCGAUGUCGUGAACGCCAUUGCCUUGCAAGAUGCCAAGAUUGCUACAAUCACCGUCAUGGCAGGCCAGUCGACUACGACUACAUUGACCAUCGAAAUUUCCGAUACACCUGCCACGUCACCUGCGGCUAUCCCAACGACUCCGCCGACUACGACCAUCACGAUUACGAGAACAUUCACCAGCAGCUGGCCUCCGCCAUCACUCACGCCCGUCCCGACAACGUCCUCGUCGUCGACCCCUUCUUUGAUAACGCCCUCGACAGUGCCGCCGUCUGCCACCAACCCGAGCGCGGCCUUCACUGUGACAAACCAAGUCCUGGAUUUCGCAAGGGUCGGGAUCCUGUUUGUUCUCCAACAGGACUCGGUAGCAGAUGCCUCGGCUGCACAGACCGCGCUUCAGGCGUUUCUCUCGUCGUCCUCCGCGACGAUUGCCAGUGCCAGCAACGUCACACUAGGCCCUGGGAAUUCAAUCGACCUUGUCAAUUUUCGCGUUGAUGCCGGGACGGGGCUUGUGGGUUCGAGAAACCCUGCAAUUCUGAGGCGGGCCUUCGAAGAGGCAGCCGAGAAGGAGCUUUGGGAUUGUGAUUGGGUGCUGUAGCGAUUCAAAGCUACUCGCUUGGCAACCCGGGGUCGACUUCGCGCAAAGUAACGACACAUGCGGCAGAGACGACUGCAACCGAUCAUCAUGAGGCAUGGGAAGCGUGUUUUUAGACGCAAUAUCAGGAGUCAGGAAGAAAAUCAUUUAGCAAUGUUCUUUCCCUUUUCUUUGUUUCAAUUCUCACUGGAGGAGAAAAAAGCCACGCGCUUGGAGUUGUGGUUGCCGUGCCUAUUCAUAUACCAACAACUACCCCUGUAUAACAACCACCCGUCAUACCCUUCAAUUCUUCACAUACAUAGCCAAUGCUGCGCGGAUACCACCAUACAUACACAUUGUAUGAGAGCGUACUGGAUAUAGCAUCUAAUGAGACCAUCUGGUGGCCCUUGCGGGCUUGUGC